AUGUAACUUAAAAUAUCUGAAAACUUCAUUGAGCUUGAUUUAAAUCAAACCUUUUUUGGAGUUGAACCUCUGCCUGCUUUAAUUUUUGGAGUUAAGAUGUUUUAAGAGAAAAUAAUAUAUAUAUAUCUGUUAAGUAUUAUAUCAAAAUUAAUCUUCAAGAUUUUGCUAAUUAGUAGAUAUCAAAAUAAAAUUCACAACUCUAUCGUUUUCCUGCUACAAUAAUGUAUUGCGUUGAAUAAUUAGACACUUGA